GACGUUGCUAACAACUUGCUCAGCCCUCUCUCGGCGUGCGUGUGUGUGAGACAGCGCCGGUGCUGUGGCUGCAGGUUGAGCUGCUUCUUUUCCUAACCGACCUGGAAAACUGGAAACAUGCUGUCCUUAGCUGUGAGACAACUGGCCCGGCCACUAUGCCACCGCACCCCGGCUCGCAUCUGCAUACGCGGGCAACAGUCCCAUGCCGCCAGCCAUGCGGCGGACGAAGAGCGGCUGUGGACGGGCCAGGAAAGUCUGGCUCAGGAUGACCCGGAGAUGUGGGACCUGCUGUUGAAGGAGAAAGACCGGCAGUGUCGUGGCUUGGAGCUAAUUGCAUCAGAGAAUUUCUGCAGCCGAGCGGCUCUGGAGGCUCAAGGCUCCUGUCUGAACAACAAAUACUCCGAAGGCUACCCCGGGAGAAGAUAUUACGGCGGAGCGGAAGUGGUGGAUCAAAUCGAGCUCCUGUGCCAAAAGCGAUCCCUGGAUGCCUUUGACUUGGACCCGGCCAAGUGGGGCGUCAAUGUCCAGCCUUACUCGGGCUCCCCCGCCAACUUUGCCGUCUACACCGCCGUGCUCAACCCCCAUGACCGUAUCAUGGGCCUAGACCUUCCAGACGGAGGACAUCUGACCCAUGGCUAUAUGUCAGAUGUGAAGAGGAUUUCAGCCACCUCCAUCUAUUUUGAGUCCAUGCCCUACAAACUCAAUCCUGCGACAGGACUCAUCGACUACGACCAGAUGGAGCUGACGGCCAAGCUGUUCAGGCCCCGUCUCAUCAUCGCCGGCACCAGCGCCUACGCCCGGCUCAUUGACUACGCUCGCAUCAAGAAGCUGUGCGCUGACAUCAAGGCCUACAUGCUGGCUGACAUGGCUCACAUCAGCGGCCUGGUGGCAGCCAAAGCCAUCCCGUCUCCAUUCGAGCACGCUGACCUGGUCACAUCCACCACGCACAAGUCCCUCCGAGGAGCCAGAGCGGGUCUCAUCUUCUACCGCAAGGGCGUUCGCUCCGUGGACAAGAAGGGCAAGGAGAUCAUGUACGACCUGGAGGACAAGAUCAACUUCUCGGUCUUCCCCUCACUGCAGGGUGGUCCUCACAACCACGCCAUCGCUGGUGUCGCUGUGGCACUCCGACAGGCUCAGUCUCCUAUGUUUAAGGAGUAUAUUGCCCAGGUUAUCAAGAACUCCAAGGCCAUGGCUAACACGCUGCUCAGCAAAGGCUACACCCUGGUAUCAGGAGGGACCGACAACCACCUGGUUCUGGUGGAUCUGCGGCCCAAGGGCAUCGACGGCGCCCGGGCCGAAAGGGUGCUGGAGCUGGUCUCCAUCACGGCCAACAAGAACACCUGCCCUGGCGACAAGAGUGCCCUGACCCCUGGAGGCCUCAGGCUUGGCGCUCCUGCUCUGACCUCCAGGCAGUUCAAAGAAGCCGACUUUGUGCGGGUCGUGCAACUCAUGGACGAGGGCUUCCAGAUCGCCUUGGACGUGAAGAAAAAGACAGGAAAGCUCCAGGACUUUAAAAACUUCCUCCUGGAGGACCCCGAGACGGUGGCCCGUAUCGCCGAGCUACGCCGUCGCGUCGAAGAGUUCGCCAGGCCUUUCCCCAUGCCGGGCUUCCACGACCAUUAGAGAGAAUGCCAGUCUUGUUAAGAAAAAAAACAACAACAAAAAACAAAAGGCCUCGUUUUGAGGUUUAACAAUUAAAAUUGCCAGAUUUUAUAGAAGAGAACAUAUUUUCUAUUAUACGUUUAAAAGAUUGUUCACUAUUCCUCACAGUUGCCACUGCUCAUUGAGAUACACUCAACAGUCUUAAUGUUGUAAAGCAGCUUUACCAGUGUCACUCAUUUAGACCAGUGUUCCCUGACCUUUGAGUCAAGGCACAUAUUUUACAUUUGGAAAAUAAUCUCAGCACACAACCCAACAAAGAUUUCCCAAAAAAAAUGGAUACGCAGGAUAAUUAUUAGGCAUGGGCCGGUGGCAGAUUCUGAUGGUAUGAUAAUCGUGUGCAAAAUUAUUGCGGUAUCGCAAUUAAAGCUCUAAAAUGUUUUAUUUUGAAUGUUUGGAUAAAUACCCCCAGUUCAACAUGCUCUGUCGGUACAUAGGAAGGUAAAACGAAAAUAAACUAUUGCAUUUUUCUAAAUAAAAUAAAAUGCACUAUAACAGUACUUAUUUCUCAGCUCUUCUCUACUUUGUGAAGUAACUUCAGAGCAGAAACUUACUGAUAUUAGCCAUGCUAGUGAUCUGCCUCGGUAGCAAGUCGUUUGUAUUUAUUUCACCAAUUGUAAACAGGCACCCUAACUCUUCUAGCAGGUUGUAAAUGUUCAUUUUAGGACAGUUUUACAGUAAUGUAUUACCAUUGCCUCAUACCACAAAGAGAAAGAUUUAGCAGUUUUUA